GCCUAGGUCCAGUUUUUUUUUUUUUUUGCAGCUGCCAAUUGGAUCUUUGCAAAAAGAAGAAUUGAAAAAAGGGGUUUUUUCCUUUUGGCCUUCGGCAGAAAGAAAGGAAAAGAAAAGGUUGGGCUGUGUGUGUUUUUUUUUGGAUUUUGGGCCGAUUUGGUUUGGACAUAUUUAAUUGGUGUGGUGGGCCUGAUUUUCUGACGAAAAAAAUACCAAGAUCUGAAAUUAGUUGUACUGAGUAUCUCGUCUAGUCGUUUGAGAUGGAAGAAGAUGGGAAGUUCCGAAUUGAGAAGUUCGAUGGUACAGAUUUCAGUUGGUGGAAGAUGCAAAUUGAAGAUUUGCUGGUUCAGAAAGAUUUGGAUGUGGUAUUGGGUGACAAGCCAGAAAAGAUGUCAUAUGCAGAUUGGGCAGGUUUGGAUUGGAAAGCAGUGUCCGUGAUUUGUCUCUCGUUGACCAAGAAUGUUGCGUUCAACAUUCUGAAAGAGAAGACAGCGAAAGGCAUUAUGGAAGCGCUGUCUAACAUGUACGAGAAGCCAUCUGCGGCAAACAAAGUGUUUCUGAUUAGAGAAUUGGUGAAUACAAGGAUGAAAAAUGGAACUUCAGUUACCGAGCAUAUCAACAAGUUGAAUUCGAUCUUAGCCAGACUUUUGUCAGUGGGUAUUAAGUUCGAUGAUGAAGUUCAAGCUUUACUACUGUUAUCGUCAUUGCCUGACAGUUGGUCCGGAACUGUUACAGCAGUUACCAAUUCAGUAGGACCUGACGGAUUCAUAUUUGAGAAGAUUCGUGACCUCGUUCUUGGCGAAGAUGUCAGAAGAAGGAGUUCUGGUGAGUCUUCAGAAGAAUCACUAAAUAUCGUCAGAGGCAGAAGAAAUAACAGAGGUAGUGGGAGUAAGAACAGACAAAGGAGUCAAUCGAAGACUCGGGAUAGCUCAGGCGUAGCAUGCUGGAAGUGCAAGGAGGUGAGGCAUUUCAGGAAUCAGUGCCCGAAAGAGGAUAAACAAGUGAACAUUGCUAGAGGCUCUGCAAACGACGAGGAUUUGUUUAUCUGCUGUGCGGAGAGUAGUGUGGAUACCUGGGUCAUGGAUUCUGGUGCUUCAUUUCAUGCUACCCACAGCGGUGAAACAUUGCAGAAUCUGGUUGUUGGAGACUUUGGAAAGACUUUGAAGGAUGUCAGAGUUGUUCCAGCCAUGAAGAAAAGUUUGAUUUCUGUCAAACAGUUGGACGAACAGGGACACGAGGUGAAGUUCGAAAACGAGCAGUGGAAAGUCGUAAAGGGAAAUCUUGGCAUGGCCCGCGGAAGGAAGAGUGGUUCGUUGUAUAUGGUCGAGUUACCAUCUGAGGGAGUGACCGUCCCAGUUCAGAAGAGAAACAAAGUUCGGUUCACAGAGUCUCGUGGGCAGAAUAAGGUUGUCUAUGCAGGAGAGAAACCUAGAGUCACAGGUCAGACUCAGGAUGAACGAGUGAGGAAAGGUUCAACGAGGCCAGUCAGAGGUAUUUGUGGCAGUGGGAGCUCAAGAGGCGCUUCAGUAAAGUUUCCUAUAAGACAGUGGGUCAGGCAAACCAGUAUUUCAGCUGUUGGAAUAUCUCUUGAAAAUUUCUUGCUCGGUAUGGAGAGUGUUUGUUCUCAGGAUGUUCCAGGAUCCGGCAGUGUGCGACUGUAGUGGGAGCCGGUAGGGACCGAGGACGAGUCAGGGGCAGAUUUACCCGUGACUGAUGUGUUGGAGCUUGGGAGAGCUUCAACGGGCCUUUCAGUUGUCUAAUGAGAGGGCCGCUGCAACAGGAGAGCUGAGGAAGAUUACUCGACGUACAAGUAAUCAUAGUGGAUGGCAGUUGAUGACUAUCAAGUCUCCAAGUGGGAGAAUGUUGGGUUUGUGGAGGCUUGGGCUUGACUUGUUGG